AUGAGAGGGCAGUUAAAGCAGAUGAUGGGCGAGUCAGCCGAGUUUCGAGGGUUGCAGGAGGCCGUAAUCCGAACCGUGGUGCGCGGGGAUGGGCCGAUUGUGCAGAUAACGCCGACCGGAGGUGGCAAGAGUUUGACAUUCAUGUUGCCGGCGUUUUGCACGCCGGACGGCAUGACAAUUGUGGUGACGCCGUUAGUGGCAUUAGAGAACGACAUGGAGGAGCGGUGCAGAAAGAUGGGGAUUGACGGAUAUGUGUGGAAGAGCCGGGGAGUGCAACGGGGUGCAUCAUUGGUGUUCGUGACGCCGGAAUCGGCCGUGACGAAAGGGUUCCGAUCAUUCGUGGAGAGAAUGCAUGGGCAGGAAAAGUUAGACCGGGUCAUGGUGGAUGAGUGUCACACGGCAUUGGAGUGGACGAAAACAUUCCGGCCGCGGAUUGGGCAGUUGGGGUCAGCAUUACAGGAGUUCGGGUUACAGGUCAUUUGUUUAACGGCGACAUUGAAGAGGACAGAAGAGCGGUUGUUAUAUGCACAGUUAGGGUUUGAAGCCGAACGCGUGCGUUUAUUCCGAGAACGAACGACACGGCGGAAUAUUGAGUACCGGGUGGAGAUCAUUGAGGAUAGGGAGGGGAAGGAGUAG